CAUUCUUUGAGAGAUGAUGUCAGUUUUAUCACCAAAACUCUCCUUGGCGAAUACCAGGACAUUCUGGCCAUUUCCUGUGACAGCUUUGACAAGGACACCAACCAGACAUUUGGCAGAGCCCAGGGCAGGAAGAGCCACCUGGACAACCUCUUCAAGGUCUGUGAGUGGUGCCAGAAGUACAAAGUGGCGUUCAAAAUCAACUCUGUGAUCAACACCUUCAAUGUGGAUGAAGACAUGAGAGAAAACAUCACAGAACUCAACCCUGUACGCUGGAAGGUGUUCCAGUGUCUGCUGAUCGAUGGCGAGAACAGUCUGAGGGAGGCAGAGAGGUUUCUCAUCAGCGACCAGCAUUUUCAGGUCUUCCUGGAAAGGCACAGCAGCAUUAGCUGCCUGGUACCAGAGGCCAAUCAGAAGAUGAGAGCUUCCUACCUCAUUCUGGAUGAAUAUGUCAGGCCUUUUUAUUAAUCUGUUAUUUUACAUGAUACUCACUCUACAUUCAGUCUUAGCAUGCCCUUUAAAGGAGACAGUCCUCAUCCAUCAGAACUAUUGAACAGCUGUCUAAAUGCUUUGAGUUGUAUAGACAUGUACCUUGAUCAGAGUGGAUUUACAGGCUCUAAGAAGGGUGGAAUAAGAUGCCGUUUUGCAUAUAUUUUAUAUUUAUGUAUUAGGUAUGAGGUUUUAUAGCAGUGAUAUUUUGAUAAUGGACUAGAUUGUCAAGAAGCUCUUCUAUGACCAGUUGGUGACCCUUUAUAAUAACUUUCAUGAUUAAGCCUUUCUAAAUGCUUAUACAAUUCUUUAUAAAUGAUUCUUCAUGUUCUAAAUGCUUAUGCGUUUCCUGGAUUGCCGAGAGGGGAGGAAAGAUCCAUCCAAGUCCAUCUUUGAUGUUGGCGUGGAAGAGGCCAUUCAGUUCAGUGGCUUUGACGAGAAGAUGUUCCUAAAGAGAGGAGGGAAAUAUGUGUGGAGCAAAGCUGACAUGCGGCUUGAGUGGUGAUCCACACAUUAUAAUCAGUUAUUGCUACACUUCUGUAUGUAUUUUCUGUAUGUUUUUUUAUAAAAAAAAUAGUUUCCGCCUGUAUAACUGCACUUUACACUUAAAUAUUUAUGAUAUUGUAAAAGUUAUGUUGGAAUCUUUUACUGCUAUAGUGGGGCAAAAAAGUAUUU